UCGGAGAGGUAUGGAGUUCCGACAAAUGCGUAUUAUUCUUGUAAGGACUGUCCUUAUCUGGUUUGUGGUCAGUACUUCAGUAGCAGGAGAUACAUCGGUUACGCUGUAUGGAGCUCCACAUGCUGCAAGUGUUGGUCAGCCGUAUACUCUGACAUGCACAGUCCACCACAAUGAACACAAUGGUGGUGGUGGUGGUGGUGAUGUCAAGAAGGUAUUGUUUGCAGUAGAGGGAGAUAAAGCGGCAAAUGUAUUCUUGUAUCCACCAAACAUCGGUGAAUAUGGAAAAUGCAAAAUGAUUUCUAAUUAUGUGGCCUAUCGCUAUCAUGCCAAGUGUUAUUCGAACACGGAGAAAAACAUCUACACUGUCGAACUGACCAUAGAUAAAGUGGAGUAUUUCCAGAUGGCAUUUUGGGCGUGCAGUUACAAGGAUCGCUAUACCAGCAACAACUUCUUUCUGAAGAAUGCAAAUUACUUGGCUAGGUUGUCUGGAUCUGCACAGAGAGCGAGAACCGGUUACCCGUACACUCUGAAGUGCACAAUCCACCACAAUGACGUUCACAACGAGCAGAGCGAAGUAUCGUUCGCGUUGGAAGGAUCUAAAGUGGCGACCGUUGUUCUAUACCCAAACCAGGAUAACGCCUGUAGCGUUACGACCACUUCAGCGUUCUACAAAUAUCACGCUACCUGUUACUCGGACGGACAGAGAAAGUUCCACAUCGUCAAGCUGAUCAUGGACAGGGUGCAAUAUUCUCAGAUGACGUCAUGGACGUGUAGCUAUCGGAAUUAUCUUACAAGCAACCACUUCGUUGUACAGAAUGCCAUGCCAAGUUUGCCAGCAACGUCCAAUGCUUGGCGCAUUUCGUCUUCUGUCGUGUCUUCCACCCUGAUGGCUUGCGGACUACUCAUCAGUUUUGGACUGUUCAACUUAUAGAUUUGUUUUCAACUUUUAAAAUAAAACACACGCUCUACUUUCGUU